GACAACGCAGCCAGCAAACAAUGAGAGGCCACAAAGAAUCCUGUCGACAACCACCACCACGAUGAGUUCGGGCGGCGCGCCUGACCUCAAAUCCAACAGGCUCUCCAUUGGCCGCGCCAGGCCGUCCGCUUCCGUCAUCACCUCCUCCAACCAGCCCACGUCGCCGAACCCAGCUUCUGCUCGGUCCUUGUCCGGCCUGUAUGGCUCUGGCUCGUCGAGCUUCCGCUCCGACGAAGAACACCUCGUCUUCGAAUUUGGCGCCCGCUUCCUACGCGCCGGCUUUGCUGGCGAGAGUAAGCCGCGCUGUACCCGGGGAUUUGGGCCUGAAGACCAGCGCAGAGUGGGCGAUUUUCGGCGAUGGAUGCCUGGCUUCGACUCAAUGCGCAGGAAGAGGAAGCGCGGCAUGGAUUGGGGCCAAGAGCAUGAGCUAUGGAGAUUGAAUGUCCGUGAGGUCGACAUUGGCCAGGUCGAGGACAAGAUCGAGAGGGCUGUCCGGGAAAUCGUCGCUCAGUACCUGCUGCUCGACCACAGGCCUCGCCGGGCGACUGUUGUUGUGCCGUCGCUUUUGUCACGCCCACUCCUGUCUGCCAUGCUAUCUUCGGUCUUUCAGAACCUCCAGGCAAUUAGCAUUACCGUUCUGUCCUCGCCUGUUCUUCAUGUCGUCUCUGCCGGUUUGAGGUCUGCUCUGGUUAUUGACCUGGGAUGGGCCGAGGCUACCGCUACUGCCGUCUAUGAGUACCGCGAGAUACAUCACUCCAGUAGCAUCCGAGCAGGAAAAUAUCUGAGCGAGGAUGUGGCCAAAUUUUUGAACGAUGAGUGCAAAAAGGCGCGCGGAGACCCCGAAGAUCUCGAACGACCCGAUAGGGUUAGCUUCGAGGAAGCUGAAGAUGUUAUGAUGCGGGCUGUCUGGGUUUUGAGCCGCGAAGAAGCCUUAGAACGCGGUAACAGCGAGGCGAAACCUGCCGAAGUGGAUCCGUCGAUACAAAUUCCUCUGCCAGCAGCAUCUCCGCCUUUGACUCUCAAAGUUCCAUUUUCCCGACUCGCAGAGCCCGCUGAAAGCGCACUUUUUGCUGGCGAUUGCCCCGCCCACGAGCUUGACGACCACGACCUUCCCAUCCCACUUCUCGCUUACAAUGCACUCCUUUCUCUGCCGAUCGAUGCGCGCAAGCUUUGCAUGGGUCGCAUUAUUAUCACGGGUGGUGUUUCUCGAGUGCCGGGCGUGAAGCGUCGUAUCUUGUCGGAACUCGAAUAUCUCAUCUCGCACCGCGGCUGGGACCCGGUCAAGAGAUAUGGCAGUGCCACGGGAAAGCAGGAGCAUGAGAGACAGGCACGACAGUCAGGCCAUCAACGGAAUAGCACCACCAUGGACACAUUAUCGCCAUUGCCGUUAGCGACGCCAGUGCCAAAAGUCACAGAGAACAUUGACGAAGAUUCCGGUGAAGGAGAACAAGACACGGAUCCGGAGAGGACGCCCAGCUCUGGGAGCCACGCCUCACACAUCAUUGAAGAGCCUCAGCUGUCUCCCAUGCUCCCCGCCUCCCAACGCUCCCAAGAAGAUGAUCCCAUAUCCAGCAAACUUCACUACCACGCAACCAAGCACCUCAAACCCUCCGUGGAAGGUCGUGUGCGGGGCGUCGAGUCGUUGGGUGCGUGGACGGGGGCCAGCCUGGUCUCUAGCUUGCGCAUCAAGGGCAUUGUCGAGAUUGACAAGGAGCGUUUCCUCAGUCACGGGCUCACAGGUGCCAGCCGGGAGGAUCGUAGUGUCAUGCCGCAGAGACAGAGCAGCUUGGGCGUGCCAUCUGGCGGACGGGCAGGGGAUAGAGGAAGUUGGACGCUUGGAGUCUGGGCGUAAGGCGUAUUUUUGGUGGUUGAAGGACUUGAGGAUGUGCAAGUACGAGUACUGUGUCAAUGUAGUUGUAUGUGUCACGAACGAAAUCAGGAUCUUUAUGUCGCUUGUCAAGAAGCUAUACUUUGAGUUGUUGUCUUAUAACAUUUAAAAGGGC